AAAAGUCCAUUAGGUGUGUAGACUUUACAGGAGAAGGUUUCAUAUGUGUAUAUGUAUCUUUCUUUACACACAUACUGGAGUAAAAUUGAUACAAAUUUGUUUUCAGGUUUUGUGCUGCACCUCUGUGAGGUGAAAGUUCUUAGUUUGUGAUAAAGGCUUCCUCUGAAAUCAAACCAACAUCAAAGAUGGAGCGGAUAGAAGACGAGAAGCCAAAGAAGGUGACCUUGUACCUUAUCUACUGUGUUGCAACAGCAGUCAUUGGCUCGCUGCAGUUUGGCUACAACACUGGGGUCAUCAAUGCACCAGAGCAGAAACUGCGCAACUUUUUUCAUAAUGUGUCAGUCGAGCGCUACGACGAACCAUUCAGCCAAGGAACCAACACCAUGGUGUUUAGUUUCUCUGUGGCUAUCUUCAGUGUAGGAGGCAUGAUUGGGUCCUUCUGUGUUGGAGCCAUGGUCAACAGAUUUGGCAGGCGUAAAUCCAUGUUGCUGUCUAACAUCCUGGCUGUUAUUGGUGGCGUUCUGAUGGGACUGUCAGCCUUGAGUCGAUCUUUUGAGAUGGUCAUUAUCGGCCGCUUUGUCAUCGGCGUGUUUUGCGGUUUGUGCACAGGACUGACACCCAUGUAUGUGGGUGAGAUCACUCCUACCACUGUCCGGGGGGCUUUUGGCACUCUGCACCAGCUGGGUGUAGUUAUUGGCAUCUUGGUGGCACAGAUCUUUGGUCUGGAGUCUCUGCUGGGCUCUGCUGAGUUGUGGCCUCUGCUGUUGGCUCUGACCACGCUGCCCGCUGUGCUGCAGACCAUCAUGUUGCCCUUCUGCCCUGAAAGCCCCCGCUACCUGCUCAUCGUACUCAAACAAGAAGAGGAGGCAAGAAAAGCACUGGUGCGCCUGCGUGGCACUGAAGAUGUGGAAGAGGACAUGCAAGAGAUGAGGGAGGAAGGGAUGAAGAUGUCCAUGGAAAAGAAAGUGACUAUCCUGGAACUCUUCCGCUCCCCAUUGUACCGUCAACCUAUCAUCAUCGCCAUUGUCCUGCAGUUGUCUCAGCAGCUGUCUGGAAUCAACGCGGUCUUUUAUUACUCUACAGGCAUAUUUGAAAGUGCUGGUGUGAGUCAACCCAUCUACGCUACUAUUGGAGCUGGAGUCGUCAAUACUGUGUUUACCGUUGUCUCUCUCUUCCUGGUUGAGAGGGCGGGGCGAAGGACACUACACCUGAUUGGAUUGGCUGGAAUGGCCAUUUCAGCACUGUUCAUGACACUCUCACUGGCAUUAGGGGCGACUUAUCCGUCUCUAAGCUACAUGGCUAUCGUGGCUGUGUUUGGCUUUGUUGCCAGUUUUGAGAUGGGUCCAGGUCCCAUUCCCUGGUUCAUUGUGGCCGAGCUUUUCUCCCAGGGGCCGCGACCUGCGGCCAUGGCUGUCUCUGGUUUGUCAAACUGGACUGCCAACUUCCUUGUGGGGCUAACGUUCCGCAAACUGGAGGAGCUGUGUGGUCCUUACGUCUUUAUCAUCUUCAUGAUCUUCCUCAUCUUUUUCUUCAUCUUCACCUACCUGCGAGUACCUGAGACCAAAGGAAGAACCUUUGAUGAUAUUGCUCAGGGUUUUGCCACCAGUGCGGGAAAACCUACCCACUCUCCUGUGCCUCCAGUGACCAACAGCGUGCCAGUCAACAUCGGAGCUGCGCCCACAUCCCCCACAGAAAAGGUUCCCAUGGUGGAUCUUGCCACAAAGAUUCCAUGAGCAUCUUUAGACGAAAUGAGGAAGCCUUAGCGCACAACACAUGCACACAGGUUUCACAUAGAUAUUGUAACGAGUUAUAUUUAAUAACUUACUGAUAAAAGAGCAGAGAGGGUGUGUUCAGAAAAGGAGUGUACUAAUGCAGGCAUGAGAGUUUCCUUUUUAAUGUAUGUUUUUAGUGUGGCCUUUUACAAAUGAAAUACUGUGUUUUUAAAGUUUUGAUAUGAUGACAGAUGACAGAAUCCCCUGUAAUCCUGUUUGAAACGUGGGCCAAACCUAACUGAAUUAAUAGUACUUAAUAUUUGUUGACAUUCCUUGUGCCAGCUCUGUGCAUAUUGAUCUAUAUAAGAGGAUCAGCACAUGUUCUAUGCGCAGGUCCUCUGCUACCCCCAGUAUUAAAAGGUUACAGGGUUUAGGGGGGGGCUUUAUGUAUUAAGGUCAAGCCUGAAAAGCAGGAUUUGAAGAGCAGCAGUUUGAAACGCAUACGCAAAAAGGACUGACUUUGUGUCCUGACUGUUCGCCUGAUGUGGGAACCAUGUUGUCUUGAGGGGACUGUUGGAGGAGGUGCAGCAGCAGCAGUUGUCCCUGUCCUCUCUGUUUGGACACAAAACACUGUCUGAACAUGUAGAUUUAAUGUAGAUUUUAAUAAUGUAUUUAAAUGCGUUCAACCAAGACAUGUAUUGUAUGUCAUUAGAGAGAACGGGACGUUUGUGCUGAUGAAGCAGGGACAUCUCUGUCGUUGAGUCGCGUCUGCGUCACUCACAUUGUGUGCACGAGAGUACGAGGUGGAGUCGAGCACUGCCAAACUUUAACGCGGGCGCUAUGUUAUGGUUUCACUGCACGUCACAAGCAGUUUGACAGAAGCGUUGUUGCAAGUGCAGCUUUCUUACAUCACAGCGUACAAAAACUCAGGUGGCAAAAACAGUGAUGCGUUCAAUCAUCACUGUACUGUAGUACUCUGGAUUUCUUUAUGCCUAAAGCAGAUCUUUAGAAAUCAGAGCUUCCCGUGGACUGAAAUAUGUUUCCGAUGUGCAGCAUUUGUCAAGUUUUUUUUCGAGCAAACAUUUGUAAACUUACAUAAAUGAGUAAUAAGCGAUUUAUUAAAUAAUAAUUGACUGAUGUUGAUCACUAAAAUAAAGUCUACCUCUACUUGAAAGCUAUAUAGCAGUAAUAAAUAAUUUGGGGUAUGUAUUAGAACACAUUCAAGUCUACUGAUUAUUAAAUAUCAACACAUACUGUAUCUCAGUUUAAAUAAGACACCGGUCGUGUGCGAUAGUGAUACUGAAUAAAAACACUAAAUGAAUUGUAUUUAUUUCAGUAGUUUAUGCUUUUGUCAUAUGGAUUUGUGUCCACUGUGUGUAUAUAUUCUGCUCUGACCACCACAGUAUACUUGAUUACGACUGUUGUGUUUGCACUCCUGGAUGUGCACACACUCAUAAACAAGCAUUGUUCAACAUCGGCAGUGUUCUGUCUGUGUACACGUUAGACAUCAUAGUCUUUAGACACACAUGAGUUUACUUUUGUGUGUUCCAAUUUGUCUACUCUUCAUAAUACACACACUGUUUGGAAUUACUGUAACCAUGGUGUUGUCUUGCAGGUCUCUAUAGAGGGGGGGACACAGUACCACAAGCUUUAAUAUGUAUAUUUUUGCUCUUUUGUUGCUUUUUUUUGUGGGAAAACAGAAGUAGGUGAUGACAACAGGACCGUUGAGUGUUUGUGUGAGUCUGAUAAAUGAUGACUUUUACUGUUUUCCUAUAAUAAUGUCUGUUCUGCUGUAAGUAACUAGAAGCAAAAAAUAAAAUUGUCUAUCUUAUAUGGAGACAAGUGACUUGAA